UCACCGAUAUCAUAGCAUGUUCACCGUGUGAUGUUGAACACUGGGCAUCUCAUAACGACACUAACGGCCACAUUCUUUGUCGUCGCAAGCUAUGUGAUCCUAUUCAAUACGUUUCUUCCGCGGUCUGGUGUUUAUGCCCUUGACGUCCUCGCGCAAGACACCCAUUACAAGUACUUUGCCCUAUUCAUCAUUCCAACGGGCGCGUAUUUUGUGAUUGCGAACUGGGUAGGUUGGCAGUACUAUCAGAAUUCUUGAUCCAUACCUAAAAUAAAGUAGAGUUCCGGUGCCGACGAUGGUGUACUGUGACUACAUAGGUGUGCAUGAAUGGGUAUCCAAACGUGGUGCAUAUCAAGGAAAUCGCAUGAGGUGAAAUAAGAAAU